UAGGUCCCUUGCCAGCGCCAGCUAUCUGUGGUUACUCGUCACUCCAGUGCAGCAGUAUGCGGCAUCCGCUGUCACCAUUGGCUCUGCUACUUCUAGUUUCAUCUGUCACACAAGCUGUUUCAUCUGUCACACAAAGUGCGGGUCACGGAAAGUCUGUGGUGCUCCUAGAUCCACAGUGGGUCCGAGUGCUCCGGGAUGACAAUGUGACUCUGACGUGCCAGGGAGACUACCCACCAGGGGCCAAUUCCACACACUGGUACCACAACGGAACACGCAUCUCAAACCAGGCCUCCAGCUACCUCAUUCAAGCUGCCAGAGUGGAGGACAGUGGCAAAUACCAGUGCCAGACCGGCCUCUCCACACUCAGUGACUCAGUACGGCUAGAAGUCCACACCACCUGGCUGGUGCUCCAGACCUCUAAGUGGGUGUUCCAAAAGGGGGAGCUCAUUCGGCUGAGAUGCCACAGCUGGAAAAACAAGCCUGUGUACAAAGUCACCUACAUACAGAACUGCAAACCACAGAGGUUUUUUCAUAAAAAUUCUGAAUUCCACAUCCCAGAAGCCACACUCAAUCACAACGGCUCCUACUACUGCCGGGGGCUCAUUGGAUAUAACAAUAAAUCUUCAGGAACUGCGGAUAUCAUCGUUCAAGAUCCAACAGCUCCUCCAUCCAUCAUCUCACCUUUUCCACCUUGGCACCAAAUCGCUUUGUGCCUGGUGGUAGGAUUGCUGUUCACGGUGGACACUGGGCUGUAUUUCUUUGUUCAGAGAGACCUCCGAAGAUCAAUGGUAGCCAAGAAAGAGUACAAUUUUAAAUGGAGUCAGGACCAGGAAAAAUGACCCCUUAGCUCCCAGGGUAAUAAAAGUAGUGAUUCUGCAUCUGGAAACCUCUCUCUGGAUCUGCGAUCUCCUCGUCCACAUCUGGCAUUUCCUCUACAGCAGGAAAAACACAACUCAGCCAGAGCUCAGGGCACCUCCUCCAGCUCUGUCUUCUUCAAAUUCUAAUGGGAAGAAAAGGCCUGUGAUCUUCGGGGAUCCACCAUGAUACCCCAGGAGUAGCUGCAAGCCCAGGAAAUCUCAGAGCUGUAUGUUUUCUCUAUCCAAAUCACAAUCUCCCAGAACAGCAACAUACUCUGGAUGGUCUCUGGACAGUCACCCUUGAAAUAGAUAAAAAGCCUCAUAAAUAAGUAGAUAAAAGAGUUAAUGGGACCAGGGAUUUAGCUCAGUGGUUCCACCGCCUGCCUCGCAAGUGCAAGGACCCAAGUUCAAAAACUGGUACCAAAAAAAAAAAGAAUGAGGCGGGGCAGCAGAACAGUUUCUGCAUCCAUUGCUGCAGGGGAAGCCCCAAACUCCUUGCAGACAGAGUGCAGGAACUGCUAGGCAAUUAGCAGGACCCAGGAAGAGGAUGGCUGAGAAAGAGCAGGGAGCAGGGAGGUAUCCAGGACCGACAAGGAGACCCCUCUCAGGGCCCAAAGAUAAGGCUCCUCUUUCCAGCAGGAGGCACAGUGGAGUGAAGGGGAAUUGUGCAAGUGCUGAGCUUUAUUGGGUUGGGGAGGAGGCUCUCUAACAGAAUUGGGAUGGUCUGAGUAUAUAGUGAUGAAUCCUCUUAAUGCAUUGGACAGAAAAGGAAACGGGCUAUGGCUGAGGAGUGGACUCAGAAAAGUACUGAGAAAUGGGUGUGUUGUGCUGACAGAGAUAGCAUCUAACCUCAGAAAACGUCAAGAAAGUGACAACCACAUGCUCACAGGAAGCAAUGAGCAAGGGGUUAGAGGUUUUUGUUGACCAAGGUAGUAAGAAUUAGAGGAGGAGCAGGAACUCUAAAAACCAGCUUUUCUGUUUGCAUAUCUAAUUUAGGUGAAACUUUGUUCAUGUCAUGCAUGAAAAAGAUGUUGAAAUGACCUGAGCUCCCUGAGUUAAAUGAUGAGGCUCUACAAUCCCUCAGCCGUCCAGUACCAAUGGGGAGGGGACGGAUAUGACAAUGGCUGCUUACGUAAAGAAGUGUUAGCUGUCUCUGUGCUUCAGAUGUUUUGAACAGCAGUUUUUGCUUUUAAUAAAGCAUUUUACAACUUCUUGCAUGCUACUUUCAGAAGACAGGAGAAACAUGGUGAAAAAGCAUGAAUAAGAAAAUCUUUAUUCCCUUCUUUUGUCAAAACUCUGUCAGAGAGCCAGGCUUGGGGGCACACACCUGUAAUCCCAGAAGUCGGGAGGCUGAGGCAGAAGGAUCGCUGUGAGU